CCGGGUACGCCUUGUUGUUUCCGGAGGUUGAGCAGGAGAGAACGAGAAUCUUGCUUCGGUCUGAGACCGAGAAGGCGGAAUUUGACUCGAUCCUGGUGCAUGGCCUUGGAGCCAGUGAUUACGCGGAGAAUGGGCCCAGAGAGGAUUUGUCCAAACGAGCACGAAGAGCUGGGACUUCAAGAGACAUCUGAAGGAGCUCCUGAUCCUGUUGGGGAGUGGAGCAGUGAAGAACCCGAGGAGGAGGAGGAGGAGGAGGGCAGCAAUAAUGGCUACUUGUACCAACCACUGAACCAAGAUCCAGAUCAGGGACCACCAGCAGCUGAAGAAAUGGUACCCAGCACAGAGCCGGCCCUUGACAUCCAUGAGCGACUUCAGGCAAUGAGACUGCACCUGCCUGACCCACCUGUGGACAGCGACGAGGAGGAGGGAUCUACAGCUCAGAGCAGUCACAGCUCUAUCCCUAUGGAUCCAGAACACGUGGAGUUGGUGAAAAGGACUAUGGCUGGGGUGAAGCUCCCCUCGCUGGGUAUCCCGGCCUGGGCCAAUGAGAUCUCGGAUGACCAGUGGCAGGACAUGGUGCAGCGGACACUGCAAGCCAGACAGAGCGGCGCCAAGCCCGAAUGGAAGUGAAGAUUGAAGAGCCAAUGGUGAACGGCCUGCCCACCGCGGAAACUGCGGAGCAUGAAGUGUUGCACUUUAGACGAUCUUUCUCUGAACUGGUCAAGUAGAUAUUUAUCUUUCACCAGCAUUGGUGCUUUGUGUUCAUCUUGUCACACUGAAAACAUGGCCUAACUCAUCACUCGUUUGUAACGCCCACUCAUAGCUACUGGGUGGUGGUGGUGGUGGCUGUAGGCGCGGCCCACACCCAUAGGCUGUUUUCCUUGUCUUGGGGAAAAGCCUCUGGAAGAAAUCAUCAGCCCCUGUGAAUUGACCCUUGGACAUACAUGUGUUAGCCCUGUUAUUCUCCCUCUCUCUCUUUCUUCCCGCUAUCCAUGCGACACAUGGGCUAAAGAGCUAAACAUGGCCAUGAGGUGGAGUCCAGCAUGUCAUCUUUUCAAGAGAUCCAUUUUAUUUAGUUCUGUACAUACAGGGACAUCUGUACAAAAUCCAACACUGUCAUACUAUGUAAUACUCUACUGAAAAUAAAGUACACCAUAUGUACAUAAUGAACUGUAAA